UAUGGGGAGAAAGACUGAGGAAAAACAAGGGUCAGAAAGUCCAGGGAGAAGAGAAAGAUAUCUGCAGAGAUGGUAGAUGGCAGCUAAAAGGUUAAUUUAGAACCUGGGAAUUACAUGGAACUUUAGAAUUUAGAAUUGGUACACUGGGUGUGGCUAGAAGUAUAGUGGGUGAAAUGAGGGGGUGGUGUAGGGUGUAAGGGAACAAGUGGAAGUUAGACCUUAGGCAUAGAAGAAACCAUCAUGUUACUCUAUAUAUCUGGAUGAUGUUACCCAGUCAUAGGGAGGCAGAUGAAGAUCAAAACCAGGGAAUUCGAUUCUUGAUCAAGUACCAACUCCAUGGAUCCAGGACAGGCUUGUCCCAUGGCCUGCUCUGAGCAGUGUGCGGUCUGAUAGAAGAUUCCAUUGGCAAACCAUCUCUGGCCUUACAGAACAAGCAAAGAAGAUGGGUCUUUGGAAGAGCCAUCUGACUGUGUGUUUACCACCUUCUGUGCCCUUUUUAAUCCUAGUAUCCACUCUAGCCACUGCUAAGAGUGUGACCAACAGCACUUUAAAUGGCACUGAUGUGGUCUUGGGCUCUGUGCCCAUAAUCAUUGCCAGAACUGACCAUAUCAUAGUCAAAGAGGGGAACAGUGCCUUGAUUAAUUGCAGUGCUUAUGGCGUUCCUGACCUAGAGUUUAAGUGGUACAAUUCUGUUGGCAAGCUGUUGAAAGAAAUUGACGACGAGAAGGAGAGAGGAGGAGGAAAAUGGCAAAUGCUGGAUGGCGGCCUCCUGAACAUCACCAAGGUGUCUUUCUCAGACAGAGGUAAAUACACAUGUGUGGCGUCUAACAUCUAUGGCACUAUAAACAACACGGUGACCCUGAGAGUCAUCUUCACCUCUGGAGACAUGGGUGUGUACUAUAUGGUUGUGUGCCUCGUGGCCUUCACCAUUGUCAUGAUCCUCAAUAUCACCCGCCUGUGUAUGAUGAGCAGCCACCUGAAGAAGACCGAGAAAGCCAUCAAUGAGUUCUUUAGGACAGAAGGUGCAGAGAAGCUGCAGAAGGCUUUUGAGAUCGCUAAGCGCAUCCCCAUCAUAACCUCAGCCAAAACUCUAGAGCUUGCCAAAGUGACUCAAUUCAAAACCAUGGAGUUUGCUAGGUACAUUGAAGAGCUUGCCAGGAGCGUGCCCCUGCCUCCCCUCAUCAUGAACUGCAGGACGAUCAUGGAAGAGAUCAUGGAAGUGGUCGGGCUGGAGGAACAGGGGCAGAAUUUUGUGAGGCAUACCCCAGAAGGCCAGGAAGCCCCAGAUAGGGACGAGGUAUACACAAUCCCCAACUCUCUGAAGCGAAGUGAGUCCCCCACGGCUGACUCAGAUGCUUCGUCAUUGCAUGAACAGCCUCAGCAGAUUGCCAUCAAGGUUUCCGUUCACCCCCAAUCCAAAAAGGAUCACGUGGAUGACCAGGAGGGAGGACACUUUGAGGUCAAAGACGAAGAGGAGACAGAACCAUCGGAGGAACAUUCCCCAGAGACUGCGGAGCCUUCUACAGACAUAACGACCACUGAGCUGACGUCUGAGGAGACGUCACCUGUAGAGGCACCAGAACGAGGACUGCCACCAGCACACCUAGAAACAACAGAGCCAGCAGUGACAUGUGACAGAAACAUCUGCAUUAUUUAUGAAAGCCAUGUCUAAUCAUAACUCCGAAAAGCUAUGCAUAUCAAGAAAAUCAGGGGCUGCUCCUUAAUACAAAUGUAGUAUGCACUUGCCGCUAAGCCUUACCAGGAGACGCUCAUCCCUUAGGUAAGAGUGAUGCCCCACCCCGUGAGAGGGAAGACACCUGCAUGGAGUUCAUGUGACUGGAAUCACCCCAAUAGAAGAGGAUCUGAAGAGUGCUGGGGUAUAGAACUGAUAAGAUGGAGCAGGGAUCUGUCCAUGUGAUCUGAAUUGUAGAGGCCAUUCUCUGCCAAAUUCCUUAAUUGGCGAUGCCCUUUUGGCCAAGAGUACACUAUUGUAAGACAUUCUGAGUUCACGAGCCCUGUCUAAAUGCAUACUGCAUUGCUUUCCCUUUGAAAAUUACAGGUCUGCUACAGUAGCAAAUGCUCACACAUGGGUUUGUUGCACUUUGUUCUCAGUUUUAAUCAUCUUCGCCGUUCUUUUCUAAUGGAGUAGUUGUUAUUAUAUUAAUAUUAAUUGCUCUUUCUGCUGGAAUCUUCUGUGUCACCUUUGUCCUUAUUUUCUCUUAGUAGGGUUGACCUCAGAGUUUUGGGUGUCAGUCACUGACACGGCUGAUAUCUGUAAGUCUGUGUAAUGCUCCAAAGUAGUUACUGCACUCCUUUUUCUUUUCCCUAAUUUUCUCUUUAAAAAAAAUUUAAUAACCUCACACCUAUUUUUCAUAGAUUUUCUGUUUCCAAUGAAGCUGCUAUUGUGAAACUGAGAAAAACUUUGCCCCCAAGUAGCACUUUAAGACUCAAAUAAAAAAGUUUACCUGCCUGCCCAGUUCUAAGAGCAUUCAGCUGCAGUAUACAGCAAGAUUGUAAAUGCUUAGAUAUACCAACAGCACUCAUGAAAAUGGUUUACAUGUGAGUGUAAGACCACAUGAAGACAGGUUCUUUCCCUGGGAGAUUUCCUUCCAAAGACAGAGAUGUCUGAUGAUUUCCUGAAGGGACAACUUACCACCUUCCCACGAGGCCUUGCAGAACCCAUAGUUUAUUGUCGGCUCCACAGUAGAUUUAAGGCAGCAACUAGUGGCUCCAUGAACAGUAUAACCAGGUCCCCAUCAGACUGCAUAGUUGACUUGUUGGUCAUUGCAAGAUGAGGAAAAUAACAUAGAUGAUUUUUAUCCUGAAAUGAUUGAAUUCUUUGUCCCACUAAAAUGCAGUAUGUGUAAGACAGCUUGAUAUUAGAGAAAAAAGGACAAACCAGCCAUCCAGAGGUUUAAUACUUGAUUGUGCCAAUAGCCAGCUGCCAGGGUUUUGGCAAGGCUGGGUUUCAGUUUUCUUCUAAGACAGGGCAAACUGGAAUGAACUCUGAGUGCACCCCCACCCCCAUCCAAUGGCAUCACAUUAAGAAAAAGAACUCAAUAUUUAAACUUUUUUUUUUUUUUGCCUCUUUCAUGAUUGUUUUAAAUAUUUUUGCAUUCAUCUCUGGGGAACCAGUUUUAAUGCUGUAUUACUUAUUCAAAUGAGAAGGAUCACAGCAUCUUCAAUAAAAUCGAGAAUUGUUCCCCUCCAAAAAUAAAUUAUGAGGCUCUCUUCUCCGAUUUAGAUUUAAUCUCAGUAAGAAUGAUAGGUGCUGUUAUUUUACUUUUAAAUACAAACAAGGGGGACUGAAACUUUAAAACAGGCAUCAGAGGCCACACAUAGUAUGUAAUGGGCGUGAUGGGAUUGUGACUUCAGAGGCUGCAUGGGUUAUCAAAACAGAUCCAGAUGUUUAAUGGCCACAUCAGAGGAAGUGACCAUGGACAACUGCUUUCUUACUGAGGUAUUGGUCUUUUUCAUCUGAGUGCAAAUAGACCAAGCUGGUAAUGGUCCGUAGGGUAGGUGACCACUUGAAGCUCACUUAGAAUUUCACAGAAAGUCUUUAAACUGUAAUAAUCCUUUUAAGUCAAUGGGAACAAAAGUAGGUAUGUUAGGGGAGGUACAUGUGUGAUAUGCACUCUACAGCAGGGGCAUCUGUAAGUGACGAUAGUAGGAUUGUCUAUGGAAGUGACCAGGACAAGGUUAUAGACAAUUCAUGUGGAAAGCAAUCUGACAAGACUUGGAGUUUGAUCACUAUUUACCCUUCAUGAGAAAUUCCCAAUUGAAAUGUCUUAUGGAUUACCUAAAGAAACCUAUAGCCUGCAGCCAAAAGAAGCCAUGACUACUUCUUGGGCUCUCUGGAGGGGGAUUUCAUUCAGUUACACUGCAGAAAAGUUUUAUUCCCAGCUCUUAGAAUAUACAGACUCCAUGAUUUUCAUGAAGAUUAACUUUUGAUAUAUCUGCCCAGAGUACUAACAGGGACUAACCAUUGAAUGUUUUGUGACCAUAUGUGGACUCUAUCCUAUUCAGUUCUCAUUCCAUCCAGACCCAUGUGUAGAAUUCCUCAUGGAAACUGCAGGGCAAGGUACCCAUACCAUACAGAUACUGAUUUAGGAUUAUAAGCUAAAGGAGGCCGAUUUACUAUGAAACAAGAGCUGAGAUAUGUGACCAAUGUUUCUAGAUUGGAGUCUUCAGCCUGCAGUGGGAUAGAGAGUAGGGGCAUGAUUUUCAAACCUCCCUCUCUAAGGGAUAAGAAUCUCCUACCAUAAAGGGAUCUUGGCUUCAUAUGGAGUUUCUCUGUCCACAUUCUAUGCUCUGGAUAUCCCUCUGCAGAGCCUUCCAAAAUGAGAACGGCGUCUUACGAGAAUGACAUGUGGAAGACCUCAUUAUCAACUUAACUGAUGGUUUCCCCAAAAAGUGAACCAUUCACAUUCUUAGAAUUAUUCAUGGAGUCCCAUUGAACACAUACACACACACACAUACACACACACACACACACACACACACACACACACACACACACACACAUGCAUGUGUGCAAUGGUCUCAUUCAGGCAGUUUUAAAAGUGUAACACUCAACUCCAGCACUCAAUGUUCAAUCCCAAUCUUUGGAUCUGCUAUAGUCAUUCUUUAAAAAACAAAAUCAAUUUCUGGUUUCUGACUCAUCCUGCUUAUACCUCUAACAAUUUUUUUUCUUGAAAUUCUGAAGAUGAUUCACAUACAUAUGCAUAUUUAAUUAUCUUAGAUAAUCUAUAAACUUGGAUGGUAUUUAUUCUGAAUGGGAAAAAUACCCAAAAUUUUAUAUGGGGAAAAUCUAUGUAAUUUAUAAUGGUUUGUUUAAUAUAUUUAUAUUUUCAUAUCUUUAGGGCACAUCUGUUGUUCUCAUCUUUUUGUACAUCACAGUUGGCAAAAAGAAAUACUAAUACUUGACUAAAAUCUCUAGGAACCAAAUGUGAUAUAUGUCAUACAUAAUGUAUAUAAAUUGCUCUAGAAAUACCCGAAUGUUCUCACCCAAGCCAAGCAUUGUUUUGUCGUGUCAUUAUAGCCAGAAUGUCUGAGGUGCUUAUAAACAUUACUUUUUCACAAGGAAAAUUGAAAGGCCUGAUAUCCUACCUAGUAGCUCUCGGAAUCUCUUUUCCUUCAUUAUCUUGUUUGUCCCUUCUUUAACUUAGCAUAUCCUUCUAAAAGGCAAUGAGAGCUGGUGAGAACACAAGAGGAAUGAAUCUAGUUAUGGCUUAUGUAAAUCACAUUAACAGAGUGAGGGCAUGCUUUAAAUCCCAGGCUUGGGUUGCCAUUCACUGGCAAUGUGGCAUCUGCUCAGUUCUAUUGCACACAGAGGGUAGGGCAUGAAGAAUGAAUGAAUGCUUGCAUGUUUUGAACAGGCACAGUGGACAUUUAGUGCAGCCACUGUUGGUAACUAUGGGGAUACCCACAUGGCACUGGAAGAAAUGGUCUAGAAAAUCAAAUCAGUUACCGUCUCUUAAAGGCUUUGAAGUAGUAUGUUUAUUCCUGUGUUAGAACUUUCAAAUGGCAGUCCAGUAGUUACAUGAACUAGGGAUUUCCUUCCAGUGUUUUCAUUUCAUAACGAGCAUCAAAGUCUCUUUAAAACAAUAUUUUCUCAGUAUGUUCAACUGCUUUCCUGCAUAUGUCUUAGCACAUCCUCUCAGAAAUCCCAUAAGUAAUUUGUUUCUAUUGUUGCUUCUUAAACACUUACUGCUAGUCUUUAAAUAUCACUCAAACUCCAUUAUGUAUUUACACACACACACAGUUUUGAACAUCUGUUAACUUUAAGAUCUUGAUUUUACAUUUCACCAAUAAAGCCUUCAAACCAAUAAUGAAGUUCAUUUUAUUAAUGACCUUUCUAAGAUUUCUUCAGAGAUUAACAGGUUUUGAUGAUCAAAUCACUUAUGGGUAAAAUAAUCAAAUAGUACAUAAUUAUUUAUUAUAUUUUCCAAAAGACUAAGUGAUUGAUUAUUAUACAAGAAAAUCUCAUGUAAGGAAGAUGCUCUUUGAAUGACUUUUCUUUGCCUUAAAAUGGGCAUGUAAAGGGGCUAGCUCUGAGAAUACUACAAUCACUAAAGAUAGCUAGAAUAAAGCUAAAAAGUAAAUCAUUCUAAGAACAUUAUGGAAAAAUUAAUUUUAUUAUUUAACCAAUUAUAAAAGCUGCAAAAUGUAUCUCUAGUGCUAUAGAACCAUGAAGAGUGAGUUGGUUCUAGAGAAUAUGUUCGCAUCUAGUUUUGGUUUACUGUGCUUCACUAGUUCUGAACAUUCUUUGUUAAACUGGAAAUGAGAAAUGAGAUGGGAGAUGUAUCAGAAAGAAAUAAGAAAUAAUUUAAAGGUAUAAACAAAUGACUAAGGUAGAAGUUGAUAUCACUGUAGUAAAAAGAAACCAUGGCUUGUGAUCCAUCCUGUAGUCUGAUUGUUGCUUUAAUAAAGGGUUUACA